AUGGCAACGCCCUCCUUGGACGACUUUCUACGGCCGCUUGCUGUCGACCUCGAAACCGUGCUAAAACUGUCUCGCGAGCUCGAGUCUACUUUUCGUCAACUCUCUGUCGAGUCUUCGGACCAGUUCCUGCCCACGCCGAUCUCCGAAUCCGUCUUGCGCCCUGCGACAAGAGACCAAGGCCGCUUCCUCGCCAUAGACAUCCAUGUUGCCGAAGUGGUGCGCAACGGCUGUGAGACCUUGGGCCUCAGCCGCGAAGCAGAGCUCCCCAUGGGGGUGACUUUCAGCUUUCCGAUGCAGCAAAGGUCCCUUUCUGAGGCGAUUCUCAUGCCCAUGGGCAAGGGGUUUGCGAUCACGUCAGAUCUGGAUCUGGGCGGGCACCUGGCGGCCGGGUACCAGAAGCACAGAACAGCAGACAUGCCGCCCGUCAAGGUCGCAGCCAUUGCCAAUGACGCCGUGGCCACACUUGUGUCUUUUAUUUACCAAUUUCCGGCUCAGGUUAACCAGAAGGCCGCCAUGGCUCUCAUUGUUGGCACGGGUUGCAAUGCUACGCUUCCGCUACUGUUGAGCAGCUUACACGAGAGCAAACGGCCUUCUGCGAUUAGUGUUCGCCCCGGCCAGGAGGCUGCUGACGUCAAGAUCGCCGUCAAUACGGAAUGGAGCAUCAGGGGCUCGGCGCCGCCACUCCGGCAACUCGGCCUUAUCAGCAAGUGGGACACAGAGCUUGACAAUGCCGGCGAGGUGCCCGGAUUCCAACCCCUCGAGUAUAUGACGGCCGGGAGAUACUUGGGUGAACUGGCGCGCAUCGUGUUUCUUGACUACUUCCAAACCGUUCUGGGGCUGCCAGCCCAACUCCUGCCCAGCAAGUUACAUGAGAGAUUCGGCCUUUCUACCACUUUCAUGAGUCACCUCCACCCCGAAAGCACAAAGGGCCCGAUGCUUCAACAACUAGAGAGAGAGUUUGCUCCAGAAGACGCAUCGUUUCGCUGGACGACGGAGCUGGCAAACGUUCUCUACCGCAUCGCAAAGGCUAUUGAGCUACGGGCAGCCGCCAUUGUCGCCGCCUCGACUGUGGGGCUCUUGCGAUGUGCUCAAGAGCUGCCACAGCCAGGUGUUGAGAGAACCACUCUUGCUGUGGGCUACACGGGCGGUUGCAUCCAGCAUUUCCAGGACUAUCUGGGGGAUACACAGCGGUUCAUCGAUGAAAUCAUUAAUCACGAAUUCGGCCCACAACCACGGGUUCGGGUCGUCCUGACUCCCUGCCACGAUGGUGGCAUCACCGGAGCUGGUAUCUUGGUGCCCGCUGCCUUGGCAAUAGUGGCGGCCGAAACGACGCAAACCACCCACCCGGGUUCCAUGUCUGGCUCCGAGCCCACUUCCACCCCUAACCGCCUUCAACCCUCCCGACCGCGAUCCGCAGCGGAUGGGGACGACGAUGAAGGCAACAGCGGAGACAUAGAUCCCAACCAGCUGGACGUGAUGCUCUCACGUUCAGUCCAGUCCGCCGCGCCGUUGCUGGAACCCGAAUCCUUUCAGCAUAGCAUGCUCCGCAACACGCGGGCCCGAAGCCGGAGCCGGAGCCGGAGCCGGAGCCGGAGCCGCGGCCGGCGCCAGCCAAGCACAAACGGUACGGCGGUUGCUACAUGUAAACUGCCGGGAAGUGGAGCUGCGCCGGACGAGGAGACUCCCCUCCUGCAGAACACAACCACGGCGGCGCUCGAGGGGACGGCCAAGAGCGAUAACCCCUACCUUGGCGGCGUCUCGGUCACCCGCUUCUGGCUGCUCUUUCUCCAGAUCAACGCCAGCUACUUCAUCGCCUGCUUCGACAGCACCAUCAUGGCGUCGAGCCAUCCCGUCAUCACCUCGUACUUUGGGAGCAGCAACUCGGCCUCGUGGCUGUCGACCGCGUUUCUGCUGACCUCGACCAGCUUCCAGCCGGUCCUCGGCGGCUUCUCGGAUGCUGUCGGGCGGAAGGGGCCGUACGUGAUCACCAUGGCGGUGUUCCUGUUCGCGACCCUGUGGUGCGCCUUGGCGCAGAGCAUGACAAGCUUUAUCGUCGCCCGGGCGUUCUGCGGCCUUGGGGCGGGGGGCGUGAUGACGCUGGGAAGUAUCAUUGUGCCGGUGAUUGUGCUCUGUCUCAUCGUCGCCGUUCUUGUGGUCCCGAGCGAUCUCGGCCUGGGCGGGAGGGAGAAGCAGACGUUGCACGAGGCCAUGCGGACGUUCGACUUUAAGGGGUCCGUCCUCAUGUCUAGCUCCGUGACGUUCCUCAUCUUGGGCCUGUCCCCACACGCGAACUUGAUUUUCUCCAACCACAUCGGCGCCUUCCUCUCCAACGCCACGCUAUUCAACGUGCCCCUCUACUUCCAAGGCGUUCUCCUCACGAGCGCGACCACAUCGGGCUUUCGCCUGGUCGUCUCCUCGGCCGUCGCCUCGGCGGCGGGCACCGCCACCGGCUUCCUCAUCAGCUACACGCGCCGGCUCAAGUGGCCGCUCGUGCUCGGCACCUCGCUCAGCGUGGCCGGCGCCCUCUGCCUGACGUCCAUGCAGCGCGGCUGGCCCGCGCUCCUGUACAUCCUCUGCCUCCUGCCGGGCGCGGCCGGCGCCGGGUUCCAGUUCCCGGGCACCUUCAUGGCCGUGCUGGCGGCGUCGGAGCAGCGCGAGCAGGCCGUCGUGACGGGCACGCUGAUCCUGUGGCGCAGCCUGGGCCAGGUCCUCGGCGUCGCGUGCAGCUCGCUGGUGGUCCAGAACGCGCUGUGGUACUACCUCGAGGCCCUGGUCGCCCCAGGCCCGGACAAGGAAGGGGUCGUGGCCCGGGCGAGGAAGUCGGUCGAGGCAAUCCGGGACCUGCCCCUCGAGUUCCGCGAGCCGGUCGUGAGGAGCUACGAGGCGGCCCUGAGGGUCACGUUUGGGUGUUGCGCGGCGCUGGCGGUCGUUGGGUGGUUGCUCAUCUUGCCGGUGAGGUUGCCGCGGUUGGGCAAGAGGUGAAGAAGGGAAGGGGGUGUGUGGGAAGGGAGAUAUGGGUUCACACACAGUAUGCUUGGAUCGUCGCCGCCAAGAAAGAGGAAGAUAAUGGACACAGUGUUGAGGAACGACGAGCCAAUUAUCCAGGAUGGAAACCGAGAGCAAAGAAAAAGGGGCGGAACAAGCUAGGCCUGAGCCACGCAUGAAGCCUGAAGGAGAAGGAGACACGUAUGUACAUACAGCCAGCCCGGGUUCACAUCCAACUCUUUGAUUUGGUAGAU